UAUACUUGCACUCAAUUAAAUCAGUAACAAUAAUUAUAUAGAGACAUAGAGACUAUAAUUAUAGAGAUGAUGAAGAGGGAACCUUAAAGUGUUCGAUCCUUUUACAAUUAUGAAUUGUCUUACAAUAUACAUGCAUGUAAAUUGUCUUUUGAAGAAUUGGUUUCAGGUAUAAUUAUAUACAUUGAGUGUGACUAUACAGUCAAACCCCCAUUCAUAAUCUCAGUGUCGCAGUGCAACAAUAUUAUCUGUUCCUAUAUAUCCAUGGCCAGAACUGGAAACUUUUGCUUUUAGCUGGGCAUGGGAAUACGUUCACUGUAAGCAAGUUAAUUUGAAUAGUGUGAACAGUUGACUGGCCUUUGUGGUUGGUGGAUUUCAUGGCUGCAUAUUUCCAGAUGUGAAAGAACAGUACUAGCUCUCCUGUUCAAGUCUACUGUGACAUGAACCGAACAAGCUGUAGCUGCAACACUACAGGAGGAUGGAUGAGGGUAGCCAACCUCGACAUGACUGACUCCAACCAAAACUGCCCAGAUGGAUUCAGACUGGUGAACAGGACAACACCACCACUGCGUACUUGUGGCAGACCUGGACCAGGAUGUGUGUCUACCACCUAUCCAACUUAUGGAGUGGAGCACUCUCGAGUUUGUGGGAGAGUGAUUGGCUAUCAAGACAUGUCUCCAAAUGCUUUUGCACCGUAUAACCUCAACAGAACUUUGAUAUCUAUUGAUGGUGUUUACGUUGAUGGUGUGAGCCUAACUUAUGGACAGUCACCUCGUCAACACAUCUGGACAUUUGCUAAUGCAAUCGACGAGGUUAAUUUGGGUAUUGUAUAUAGUUGUCCCUGCACAAGACCUGACCUCAACUACACUGGAGCUGCACCUCCUCUCUUCAUCGGUCAAGACUAUUUCUGUGAAACUGGAAGCCGACAAGUCUGGAGCUACAUCUUCUACCCUGAUGAUCCAGUCUGGGACGGUCAGGGAUGUGGGGUUAACAGUACUUGCUGUGAGUUCAACAAUCCACCAUGGUUCUGCAAGCAACUCCCUCAGCCAACUACAGACAAUAUCGAGUUGAGGAUUUGUGGCAAUCAAGACAUUAAUGAUGAAGACACGCCUCUUGAAAUUGUUGAGAUCUUUGUACAGUGAAGAUACUGACUCAGAGAUUCGUGCAGACUAAUUUAAUAUCAUGCAAUCAGUUCUUAUUCGUACGCUUGUCUUUUGUUGUCCUGAGUAGCCUCUUAGUUUUACUGUCAUGCAUGCAUGUAUAAUAUUCUGAGUUACCGUAUAGCAGACUGCUUUCAUGUAAUGUUGUUCAUGGCCCUUACUAUAAUUAUAACUAGCCAUUGCUUGUAUAGAAUCGCAUUAUUAAAACGUAGCUAUAAUUAUGUUUGGAUUUCAACACAAAAACUGUCAUCUUCUUUUUAAGUGCACAUGGUUACAAUUUCUGGCGUGUUCGAGCUGUAUAUGCUGCAUGGAAGCUGCUAUAUAAUUAUGCAUGUAUACUGAUGCACAUCCUUUACAGAAAUGGUUUUACAUUUUACACAGCGACUUAUAAUUAUGUGUGUGAAAGAAGGUGUGAAGCGGCACUCAGCAAAGUAAUGGCUGCAUGGUUCAAUGGGUAUGAGCGACUUCCUAUGGUAUAUUCAGGCGACGACAGUGUCUAUAUCGUGUUAUCACAUAAUAAAUACGGUUUGUUUCAUGUCAAAGUAACACAAAAAAUAGCACCCCCUCAGAUUUCAAACAAAACUUUGCAUAUUCACCUUAUCCAACCAUAACAGCCCCAUAAGUAAUAAUUACGAGCUUUAAAAUUAACCAGCAAGUGCUUGAUCACUGGUUUAAAGUCAGUUUUUGUUUACAUGGUUGCAUUCUGAAAGCAUAUCACCGAAAGCAACUAUAAUUAUAUGCAUAUACACCUUACAGAGUGAGUGCACAGCAAAGUAAAUCAAUGUUUUUUUUACAAACACGUGCGUACUAAUGCAUGCAUGGUGUUUAGAAUGAUGGUUUUUGACGACAAGAUACAAACCUAGGGCAGCUGAGGUGGGUUGAGCAAGUCUAUGCCUAUACAGGGCCGUAGAUAGGGGGGGUUGCCCCCUUGGCAUUCUAAAUUUCAUUUCUAGAUAUAUGGCCUGGAAUAGGGGCUAGCAUUGUGCAAUAGCAAUUGACUGCUAGAGAGAUGUCGUUGCGUGGAAGGAACAUCGCGAGUGUGUACACGGCACAGAGAAGACUAUAGAUCUACAGUUUGGCUCUCUGAACAAAGAGACUUCAUUGAGUGAAUAUAAGUUUUGCUAGAGCUAGAAAACCUAUGACUCGUGUUGCUGUUUUCCUACUAUGCAGUGAAUCAAGUGCAUAUAAUCAUUAUACUUAAUACAUUUCCUCUUGUAACCAGAACAUUUUUUGGCACGUUCACGUGCGCCUUGUUAUUUUGCUACCCCCGUAAUCUAAGCUAUCCACGUCCCUGCUA